CUGAUAACACUAAAAUGACGCGCUACCCAAUAAGUUCUUGAAAAAUAAUAAAGUGGUGAAAAUAUUUUUUUUGUAUUUUUUAACUAUUCUUAAUUAAAGUAAACAAAUAAAAAAAUGUCACGGGCCAGUACCAGUUUAGAUUUAAGCGAGUUUUUCAGCAAUGAUGAUAGUGAUGGUCAUCGUUUGGCGGAAUAUCUUCAAAAGCGAAGAGGAGGUGUACAAAGACAAAAUUUUCUUUUUAUGAACUGUGAAACACAACGCUUAAGUCUCAAUGUACAGUUGGAAAAGUUACCCCCUUCGCAGCAGGAUACAGCUUGUGAAAAUAAUGAAAAUCAAAAGAAAAAUGCAGAGGAAUGCAUUAAUAAUGGGGUGGCAAAUGCAUCAGUAGAACAAGAAAUGGCAACAAUGCAUGGUGAAGCAGAAGUACCAUCAGAAUCAAUACCUGGUUGUUCCAUUAAUGCAGUCAACGAUAAAGAACCAAAAGAUUCCAAAAUUAAGCAGUUACCUAAUAAAAAUGUUUUUCCAGUUUCAACCAACAGGCCAUUAAGCCCGAGUGGUCCUUUAAAUCCAAUGAGUCCUUCUAGACCCCAAAGUCCUGUAAAUCCAUUGAGUCCUUCUCGACCUCUUAGUCCUCGCUUGUCAUCAAUACGCAAAAGUGGUGGGGUUUCUCCAGGCGACAGACUUCGACGUUACAGUUUGAAGCGUCUAUCCAAGAUGUGCGUUGGCAGACGCACCUUACUGCAAGAAUUUGAAAGUACAGUUUCGGAGACAAAUUUUGAACCGCCUGUAUGUAGCACUCCCCUCUCGCAACCACAACAGGAUAAAACACUCGUUUCAUCACCCACCUCUAGCAACUCGCCUGGGACAGAAAACUUGGAACCCAAUACAACUGAAAACAACAGUCCUGCUGGCAAUGAUACAUGUUGUGGUCAUACUGAUACCUUAAUUCGAACAUUGCAACGUAAAGAUGAAGAAUUAAAAAAUUAUAUGGAAAGUAUCUUGGAGAAUACAUUGAAGAAGAUACAAACUCAAGAGAAGGAAAAUAAUAAAAAUUCAAUGACGGAAACGAAUGCUACCACAUCUCCCUUGAAACGUACCUACACCAUGGAAAGGGGAAACUCUCCAGGACAAGUAAUAUUAACUCCAGACCGAGAAACAGCAGCACAAAGUCCACCUCCAGGUAGAUUAUUAAGAUCACGAACUCAGCCUUCUCCCAGCAAAAUAUUGAAGACGCCAGAACGAAGCCAAAAUCGUUCCAUGAUUUCAAUAAGAGUUAAAAGCCCACAUAAUGUCAUAUCACCACGGCACCUAAAUAAAUCCAUCUCUCAUAUGGAGCAGAGCAGGGCCAACCAAUCAAACAACAUCUCACAAAGAGCUGCUAAAAUGCUAGAAGUAAGUCGUUCUCUUAGUCAACAACAACAACAAAAUCAGAAUGUAUCACAACAUUUGAAAAUGCCACAGCAUGAGGUACCAAAUACUCCUCCCAGAAACAAUGUGUCAAUUGUAUUUCCUACCCAAGAUGUUGAAAUACCUGAAACUCAAGAGGUACCAUUUACAAAGGAAAAUUCCAUAGUUAUACAGUCCACUAAUCAGGAAAUUCCUCUGGUAGUUAUACCAGUAAAUCAAACAUUUAACCGUACAUAUGGCGAAGACAUUCCCAAAAACAAUUAUACAAUUAUAACAGCCAAAACUAAAAAGUCUAAAACACCAUCACCUGUACCGUUAGAAGAAAAAACUCCGCAUCAGACAGCUAAUGUUAACAGCGACGACCAAUGUAACCAGCUCAAUGAAGACAAUCUAAAAUUAACCGAUAUUUUAACCGACGAUGAAGAUGAGACUCCAAAAGCUGCAGUAUCACGUACAAUAGAGAAUAAUAGCCAGGCACCUUUAAAUUUAGCACCUAGUGCAACUAAUAUACGAACGAAACGUUUGCGCAAACGCUCAUUCUCUCGACGAAAAUUACAAAUGGACAAUAGUCAGUUACUAAGUACUGAAACGGAGACAGAACCUCCUCCGCCAGCUCACACCAGUAAACGUAUGGUUAAAAGAAAACAUAUACCUCUUAACAGGGCGCCAGGUACACCAUUAAAUGGUGAAAGAUUUGCUCAAGAAUUAGCUCGAAUGAGCAACUAUGAGAUACUUGAUUUGCGCAAACGCAAUUCUAUGGGUCGUAUCUUUGCCAUAUCGGGGCGCAAGUCCAUGCGUUCCCACGAAGAGGCAGCUAAAAAACAAACACAAUUAGACAAUCAAAUUGAAAUGGAACUGCUUAGGCGUAACCUUGACGAAGCAGCUGAGCAAGAGAUUGUACAAAACGAAAUAGAAAAUAUGGAAGAAGAAGUAGGCGAAUAUCCACCAGCACCUGAUGAGUUCCGAGACUCGAUGGCUAAGCAACAGGAGGUACAAGGUGAAGCCUUAGAAUCAUCUCUAAUUGAUGAAAGAUCCACAGAUCGCAUUUCGUUUAAAAACAGAAACAGUUUGAAGCAACAAAAGCAGCGUAAAUCAAGAGCCAAGGAUAAGCCACUGCCAGAUGUAUUAAAACAAUAUUUAGAGGUAUCAAAACUGUUGACUGAAAAGAAAAAUCUUAAAAACAGCAUAAAUAAAUCAAAACGUUCCCUUUAUACUCAGGGCCACUCCGACUCCGAAGAAACUAAUAGUUCACCAGAAAAGAUGGAGGCGACACGUUUAAGAUCUAGAAAUACUAAACAAAGUAUACCGUACGUACCAUCGCCUCCUAAAUCAGAUGGCGAUCAAAUUACAACUGUGAAAGUUGUAUCGCCACCACCUCCCUUAAGUAUAAGCACCAGAAAAUCUGUAACUAGACUAAAUAAACAAAAAAUCACAAAUGAAGUUGAAGAAAACUCUUCAGAUACAAAUACUACUUUAAGUGAAGCUACACCUCCACCACCACCGCCACCUGGAUUUGAAAGUGAUUCAGGUGUUAGUUCAAAUCAUUUUAAUAUUCACCCAUCCACCACCACUAUUACCAACAACACACUAUCAACUGAACAAAUUACCAACACAACCACACAACAGAUGAAUAAGAACAAUAGCCAUACCGAUAAUGAUGAUGAUCAAAUAUUCAAAAAACCUUUGCAACCAGCCCCCAAGGUAAGAGGACGUAAACCGAAAGUAAGUAAAACCUCCUCAAGUGAUUUAGUACAAAGUACAAGUGAUUCACAUGAAUCAACUGACAAGAGUACUGACACAACAGACGGAUCACUUCGUAGAUCGAAGCGUGGUCAAGUGCCUUUAAAACAUUCGGUACCACAUCUAUUUCAAAUGCUGUUCCAACAAGCCAAUAAACGCAUGGAAAUUAGGGAAAAGAAUAAAGAAAGACAAAAGCAAAAAUCACGAGAAUUAUCUAAAGCGAAUCGGGCAAAACAUAAUAACAACACCAUUCAAUCAGUAUCUAGCCAAAAACUUUCUAAAAAACGAAAUCAACUUCCAACUGUACCAGAAAAUGAUCCCUAUAUUGCUCCGCUGGUUGAAGAUGUGGAAAUUUUGACUAAAAAGAAGGCAAACAAAAUUAAAGAGACCAAAGUAAAACGUAAGCAGAAUAAAAAGAGCAACAAAGAUCCAAUCCAACCGAAUGAUCGUUUUGAGUGCAGUCGUAUAGUUAUGAAUACACCUCCCCCCGUUAAUCACCUAAACAAUGUAUUUGAUCAACUACGAAAUACAAGUUCCACACUUAAUACAUCACCACCACGGUCACCAGUAGAUCCAACGCAACUAGCAUCAUCAUCAUGUGAUUUAGUGCAAAAGGUUAAACCAUUUAAAGUUCGUGUGGCCCGUAUAAAAUCUUCAUCGCAACCCGCGAUCUAUGAUGCUGUGCAUGUUUCAUCCUCCACUACCACCAACAACAAUACCGCCUCCUCCACCUCCAACACCAAUAACAACAACUCUAACUAUGAAUUGAUUUCAUGGUUGAAAAACAUCUCAGAAUCGGACAAUUCGGUGGCACGCAAUGAAGAGAUAUUCAAGGAAAUGCGAAUUUCAGCCGCUUCCAAUCUCUCCUUUACCGAAUUGCAAGGUGUCGAAUAUGCAUUUUACGAUACCGACGAGAAGGCCAGUUUGGGCUACUUACGCUUCAAGCCACGUCAAAUCAAGCCAAAAAAGAAGGCCAAACGUUUCCAUUUACACUUCGUUACGUUGGUGGGCAAUUUUCGUAUAACAGCCAACGAUAAAGAGAGUCGAGUUGGUGUCGGUGACAUGGUGGCCAUUGAAAAAUCCGUCUACUAUGACAUCGAGAACAUAACUGAUGAUAUUGGCAUUCUUAUGGUUAUAAAAAAAUAACAACACUGCUUGCUAACUAACAAACUAAUGCUAAUGCUGUUAAUAUAUAUCUUAUAUCUAAAUAAAUAUGUUAUAUGAUAUGCAACUUUGUUUUUACCCUCUAUACAUAAGUAGUUUUUAUUUUAUAUUUUCAUUUAUAAAUAUUCAAUUUAGUAAUAUGAGUGUUAUAAUUAUUAUUUUUUGAAAUAAUUUUAUAAUCGUAUACAUACAAACAUAUUAAAAGAACUUUGUUUAAAACUUUUCACUUUUUUUUGUUUAUUAAAUAAUAGUAAAUAAUUUAAUAAGUAAAACAAUAAAAAAAAAUAAACUUAAAAAGGAUACGGGAUAUCCCUGACAUGAAUAACAAUUAAUUUCAUGAUAAAAGUCCUUUUUUCCUUUAGUAAACUCUAAAAGAAGAUAUUAAGGCUUUUGAAGAUUUCUCUAAACAAAAUCAAUCCCAAUAUUAUUAAUUGAAUUAUUUUUCUAUAUGUUAACACAAUUGCUUGUACGUUUUCUUUUUAAGAGCAGAUUUAUUGUAAUGGGAAAUAAAAAUAAAACAUACAAAUGUACAA